AUUAUUCACACAACUCUCAAACGCUGCAAGAAAUGCAUGGAUAAAGUCUUCAGAUGUGAGAUAUCUCAAUAGCAACCAUGAAGAUAACUUGGACAGCCUUACUGCUCCUCAUCCAAACAUUGCAAUGUUUGGCUUCAGAUGAUUCACCAUUUCAACUCACUAACAAGAACACUGGGUUUUGUUUGGUUAAAACAAAUAACAACUGCAAUGAUGUACGCUGGACAAAUGGGGACCGACUUCUGGUUCAAUUGUCAAAUAAGUGCCUUGGAGUCCAAGGUAAAAGUGUGGGAAGUGAAAUAAGCCUCCAUGAAUGUGACGAAAACAGCGACCUCCAAAAGUGGGAAUGCAAGAACGGGACAUUGCUCGCCCUCAAAGGACAAGAGUUUUACAUUGAGCUCACUGCAGACAACACAGCAGUUCUCUCUAAAACAGUCGGACCAAACAACCACCUUACAAUUUCAGGGACGUCCAGUGGUGCUUGUGCAAGAACAUACAGAGAACUUUUUGCAAUUAAUGGAAAUGCAGCUGGACUGCCGUGCAUGUUUCCCUUCAAGUACAAAGACAAGUGGUACUCAAAUUGCAUUGCGCUCGACUCUCCCCAAAGGCAUCUUUGGUGUGCAGUUGAAACAAAAUAUCAAAGCGAACGCUGGGGCUUCUGCCCAGUUACAACAAAAGGAGACUGGAAUACACACCCAACCACAGGAGAAUAUUACCAGCUCAACUCACAAUCAGCUCUGACUUGGCCCCAGGCUGAAGCCAGCUGCAAACAGCAGGGGGCCUCCUUGCUGAGUAUCUACGAUUUUCACCAGCAGGCUUUUGUCACAGCACUACUAGGUACAGGAGGCAAUAAGCUUUGGACUGGUCUGUUCCUGGAUCCAGAGCAUGGCUGGAAAUGGUCUAAUGGGAGACCUUACCGUUAUAUGAAUUGGGACUCUGGACAUCCCCUUGCUGAUCCUGGACACAACUGUGCAAUUGCUGAUCCUGCUGUACAGUACUCAUGGCAAAGUUCACUUUGCAGCAAGAAACUCGGAUACAUCUGCUACAGUAAAGCAGCCGAGGCACUGCCUACAAAAGCUGCAGAGACAGGAUUUUGUUCAGCCCCUUGGAUUGCCUACAAUGGCCACUGCUUCAACCUUAACCGUACUCAGAAAACAUGGCCUGAUGCCCAGAGAGACUGUCGCUUUGAAGGAGGGGACCUCGCCACCAUAAGAAAUGUGGAAGACCAAAGUUUUGUAAUCUCUCAGCUUGGAUACACAUCCACUGAUGAGCUUUGGAUUGGACUGAAUGACAGGAAGACAGAGGGACAGUUUGACUGGAUUGACCACUCCACUGUCAGUUUCACUAGCUGGGAAUUUGGUACACCUGCUGUCUCCACUGACAUAAAGGACUGUAUUCUCCUCAGAGGAGAGAAUGGGAACUGGGCUGACCGUGUGUGUGAGGAGAAACAUGGCUCCAUUUGUAUGAAGAUGAGUGCCUCAAUUCCCUCUGGAAAUGAAGUGGAGCAGGAUAAUGGCUGUAAAAGGGGGUGGAGAAAGCAUGGCUCUUACUGCUACUUUAUAGGGAUCCAGACCAAAACCUUGGAUGAAGCUAAAGAUGACUGCAGGACAUCAAAUUCCUACUUAGCUGAUGUUUCAAAUGCAGUGGAUAAUGCCUUCCUUGUCAGCUUGGUGGGGUUGAGACCAGAGAAAUACUUCUGGCUGGGCCUCUCAAACCAGAAUGACAUCGAUCAAUUUGUGUGGACCAACGCCAACUCAGUGAGGUUUACUCACUGGAAUGCUGAAAUGCCAGGUCACCGACAGGGGUGUGUUGCCAUGAUGACAGGGGUUUUUGCUGGCCUCUGGGAUGUGCUGCCCUGCACCAAUAAGGAGAAAUACAUCUGUAAACAUCUGGCAGAGGGGGCCGUUUUAACCCCUGCACCACCUAGUGUUACCCCUACACAAUGUGCAGUAGGCUGGACUCGAGUGGGAUCAAGAAACGAUUGCUUUAAGCUGUUUGUACAGGAAAGCUCUGACAUGAAGACCUGGUAUGAGGCCAGGGAUUACUGCAUGGCCCUCGGGGGGGACCUGCUCAGUAUCCACAGUUCUGAGGAGCUAAAAUCAAUACAAACAGGACGUGGACAACGAAGAGUCUGGAUUGGACUUAGUGCCCCUGACCCAACAACCGGUUAUGUGUGGAGCGAUGGAUCUCCCCUGCAAUUUCAACACUGGGAGGAUGGAGAGCCAAACAACAGAAACAACGCAGAAUCUUGCACUGAAAUAAAAACGUAUCAUAUUUGGAAUUGGAACGAUGUGCACUGUGAGAUGUACCAUGAUUGGCUAUGCCAGAUCCGUGCAGGAGUAACUCCAAAUCCAACCCCAGGCCCUGUCACUCCUGACUACAAUAAGACCUCAGACGGGUGGCUAGAAUGGAAUGGGAAUCAGUAUUAUAUUAACGAGAAUACGAUGGCUAUGGAAGAAGCUCGUCACUUCUGCCAAAAAAGGCAUAGUGACUUGGUAACGAUCAACAAUGAAGCUGAAAGUGUCUUUUUAUGGAAACAGGUGUCCAGAAAACGUGGUCAGACUCAGUACUGGAUAGGCCUGUACGUAGAUCUUGAUGGAACAUAUGGGUGGAGGGAUGGUUCUCCAGUGGUGUUUCAAAGGUGGGAUAUAAAUCAACCUAACUCUCAAAAUAAUUUUGAGAACUGUGCUGUCAUGAGUCAUCAUCUGGGGUUCUGGCAUGAUUUUAAUUGUGGGUAUGAGCACAAGUCAAUUUGCAAACGAAGAGGCUCACCACCAGCCAACGCCACUGUAGCACCAACAGUUCUUCCAAAAGGCGGCUGUACACAAAACUGGAAACAUUUUGACUUAAAGUGUUACAGGAUCAUUAAUACACAGAAAGAGACGUUCAAUGGAGCAGAGACACAAUGCAGAGCAAUAGGAGGACAGUUGGCUUCAAUUCUCUCAAGAAAAGCACAAGUCUUUUUGACUACUCAAUUGGCUGAGGCACCUACCACAGACCUGUGGAUCGGUUUGCAUAUGGUAGGUCUCUCUUCAUUUCUCUGGACUGAUGGGCGACCAAUGAAAUACAGCAACUGGAAAAUCGAACAGCAACACCUCUUUUCUUCAAGGAGCAGGUUUCAUAGCUCUUACACGAGGCAUCACAUUUCGAUCUCUGAGUAUCUUGAAAGGUCUCAACAUCGAGGGCAUAGAGAGCGGGGAAAUUGUGGUGCUUUGUCUACCAAUCGUGACGUUGGUAUUGGAACAUGGAUUAAAAAGUCCUGCAAUGACACCAAUGGAUAUGUCUGUCUUCGAAAUGUUGAUCCUUCUCUCCCAGACUCACCUGAACCUAUUCCUACCGACUAUGUCAAAAUAUUAAAUGACUCCAUUAAGGUUGUUACCCAAACAAUGAGCUGGGAUGCAGCCAAACAGCAUUGUGAACGUGAUGGUGCAAAAUUGGCCAGCCUGCGUAACGAAUGGUCACAGUCGUAUGUUGAGCUGAUGGCUUUAAAACUCAAUGCUUCUCUGUGGAUUGGAUUGAACAAAAAUCAGACUGCCGGAUAUUUCAGAUUUAUUGAUGGCUGGCGCAUCACCUUUACCAAAUGGGGUACAGGGGAACCAAGAUCAUUCCAACCUUGUGUGAUCAUGGAUGUAAAUGGAAAAUGGAUCACUACCGGCUGCAAUCAGAACUUAAACAGCAUUUGCAUGAAGUCUACAGAUGUGCCACCAACAGAGUCAAGCGAUUUUCCAGGAUUUUGCCCUGACGACCCAGAAAUGCAGAUGUUCAGGCGCCAGAGAAACAGCUGGCUACAAUUUAGGGGUUUCUGUUACCUCUUUAUGACAGGAAGGAAUACAUGGCCUGAUGCAUCAGCUGGCUGUGUAAGACAUGGUGGAACUCUUGCCAGCAUCACAGAUCCUUCUGAGCAAGAAUUCAUUCAUAGCAAUAUUAUAAGCGUUGAAGACCAAUCCUCUUUCUGGAUCGGCUUGUAUAAAACCCACAGAGGCAUGUGGCAGUGGUUGGACAGAAGCGUUAUGGACUACAGUAACUGGCGUAUUGAUCAACCAGGCGACCAUACUUAUGGAGCGAUUAGAUUUGGGGAUGGUAGAUGGACAACAGAGAACCAGUGGUAUGAAAGAGGAUAUAUUUGCAAAACUGCCAAAGUAGUAAAUCAACAAGUGACACAGACAACUGUAACUCCUAGGAUGGAUCCUCAAACCCGUGGCCACGUUUUUUUGAUAGUUUCCCUGGUCAUUAUUGCAAUUGUCAUCGGAACAUUAAUCGCCUUGUUUCUAUUCAAGAAGUCUGGCCGCAGCUUGCUUAUACCCACAAAGUUAUCAACCUUCGACAACCCUCUCUUCUUCAACAAUGAGCGGUCCAAGCCGGAUGUGGUUGAAAUUGCAGAAUAGGAGAACCCAGGGCUUGUUAUAACUCUGUGAUGAAAAAGGCAGCAGUUCAUUUUCGCUUUUGACAAUUCAAUGCAGUUGGCAAUAACUAGCUUUAAUGAUGAAAAACAAUUAGAAUGUUUUAUUUGAUGUAUAAAUCUCUGUUUGUUAUAAUUCAAAAUUGUGUUUGAUUUUAUAAAAAGCAACCAAUUAAUACAAUGUAGAUGGGCAUCUUAAUUGAAUGGGUGUAUGUAAAAUGUGUUGAUUAAUUGAUAUAUUUAGUAUAUUGUAAUGUACUACUUUCAUUUUCUAAAAAUCCAUGGGACUCAGGAAGAUCAAAUAAAUUAGUUGUAUACAAAGAUGUAAAUAACAACCCAUUGGCAUCUACAUCGAAUGAACUUUUUCUCCAAAUUCAAAGGAGAAAUGUGAAAUUAGGUUUAUUUAAGUGCUUGGCUUCAUUUGGCUUAAACAAUGAAUGUUUUUAAUUAGCAUUAAUUUUAGAGACUCUCAGAGAGAGUAUUGUGCUUGUAUAUCCUUUAUAUUCAGGUUGUGGUGACUGACUGUUUCUUCAUGGUUUCACAUAUACUGCAAGACAUAAAAAUGCUAACAUUGUUAAUCUGUUGAUUUUAUAAUAUUUCCUUUGAGACAAAAAAUAAAUAUACUGCAAACAGGCUUUUAAAUCCUACAAGCAGUUUCAAAGUUA